CUUGUUUAAUUAAUUCUCUCCUUUCUGUUAUGAUGUUUCUCCAAUAUUCCUGGGCACUCACCACUUUCCUUCUUUUCCUCUCUUUGGUUUGGCUGUUAAGGCUAUUUAAAAGAUCCAAAGGUCAAAAAUUGCCCCCAGGGCCAUGGAAGUUACCUCUUAUAGGAAACUUGCACAACUUUGUAGGAUCAUCUCUACCACACCGUGCUCUAAGAGAACUAGCCAGGAAAUAUGGACCUCUCAUGCACCUUCAACUGGGUGAAGUUUCUGCACUUGUGGUAUCAUCCCCCAAGAUGGCCAGCAAGUUCAUGAAGACGCAUGACCUUGCCUUUGCGUCGAGGCCACUAUUUCUCGCCCCUAAAAUUAUGACCUACGGUGGCUCAGACAUUGACUUUUCUCCAUACUGUGAUUACUGGAGGCAAAUGAGAAAAGUCUGCGUGCUGGAACUCUUAAGUGCCAAGAGGGUCCAAUCCUUCUCUUCUCUUCGAGAAGAAGAAGUUCAUAAUCUCAUUGAGUCCAUCCACUCAUCUUCAGGAUCUCCAAUCGAUUUAAGUCAACAUAUUUUCACUUCGACGACUACUAUUUUAUGUAGAGCAGCAUUUGGUAGCAAAUACAAAGACCAAGAUGCAUUUCUGUCAUUGACCAAGGAAACUACUUCCUUGGCAAGUGGGUUUGAGUUGGCUGAUUUGUUCCCUUCACAGAAAAUUGUUCAUUUGAUUAGUGGGACGAAAGCUAAGCUAGAGAAGAUUCAUGGGAAGAUUGACAAGAUCUUGGAGAACAUCAUCCAUGAGCACAAGGAGAACCAGAAGAGUGCAUCAACAGAGCAGGAAGAUCUUGUUGACGUCCUUUUAGGCCUUCAGAAAAGUGGUACACUUGAGUUCCCAAUCACAACCAACAACAUCAAGGGCGUCAUUUUGGACAUAUUUACUGGAGGAGCAGACACUUCAUCAACCACAAUAGCGUGGGCUAUGUCAGAAAUGAUGAGAAGCCCUAGAGUGCUCGAGAAGGCACAAGCUGAGAUAAGACAAGCCUUCAAAGGAAAGGAACAAAUCCAUGAAAAAGACAUUCAGAAUCUAAGUUACUUUAAGUCAGUGAUCAAAGAAACUCUAAGGUUACACCCUCCUGCUGUUUUGUUAAUGCCAAGAGAAUGUAGAGAGGCAUGCGAAAUUGAUGGAUAUAAGAUACCCGUCAAAACCCAAGUCAUCAUAAAUGCAUGGUACAUUGGAAGAGAUCCAGCAUAUUGGCAUGAUGCAGAGAGUUUUAUACCAGAGAGGUUUGAUAGUAGUUCAAUUGAUUAUAAAGGGACUAACUUUGAAUAUAUCCCUUUUGGGGCAGGAAGGAGGAUGUGCCCAGCAGUAUUAUUUGGUUUAGCCAACGUAGAACUUCCUCUUGCUCAACUGCUAUACCAAUUUGAUUGGAAACUACCGGGCGGGAUGAAAUCAGAUGAUCUGGACAUGAUUGAAGCCUUUGGUGGUGUUGUCGCAAGGAAAAACAACUUGCAUUUGAUUCCUACUUCUUUUAGUACUUCACUUUCCCUUUGAGGCGUUAUCUGUUAUCAACAAGCUAGCUCACUUGGCAAGAAGAAUAAAGAUAGCUUGUUUUGGUGAGAAUAAGUAUGUUUAUUUGGCAAGAAUAAAGGAUUUUUCCUUUUAAAUCAUGUAAUCUCUCUAAUUAGGAAAAAAUAUGGCGUAUCCCUUUUCUCCAAGUAAUUAAUGUAAUAUUAUUUAUUAAU